CAAGAACAAGAGCAACAACAACAAAGAUAAAACAGACAUGUAAAAUGAUGAGGGAAGGCAGAGAGAAAUUUCUUUUUUUUUGAAGACAAAAUGUGUGACAAACAAAUUUAUUAAACUUUCUGUUGUUUUGUGUUUUUUACUAAAAGUUUUGAAAUCCUACUACCCUAAUAAUAUGAGCGAAUCGUUCAUUUCUAACAUUGCAUAUUAUUAAUUUCUUAUCAGUUUUUAUAAUGAUCUAAAUUAUGAAAUAUAAUUCCAGUUAUUUACGAUUAUAUAUCAUCUUAGAAUUGAUGACGAAAGCAUUUGAGUGAAUUAUUCUACAUGUUCAGUAUACAGUGAUGAGUGGAAAUUAUUCAAAAUUAUCAAAUUGAUUGUAAAAACUGAAAGGAUUUUAUAUUUUAUUUCAUGAAAUACUAAGGGGAUGAGUACAACUCUUUCGGAGAUUUUUCGUUAUUUAUUUUUAGUACUACACUGUUGCUGCUGCAAUAUGGUAUAUACUUCUCAAGAUGAUCAAAAUGUUACAUCACAGCAUUUAGAACUGAAAACAUCCACCAGUAAAAAUGAUAGUAUAAUUGUUGAAGCACUAUGGGAUGAAGCAACUAAAAAUCAAACACAAACUACAACAGUUCAGGCUGGUGAAUCAAUAACAUUUGUAUGUCGUAUAUGGACUUUUGAUCCAAGUCUUAAAUAUGCCAUAAACACAGGAGUGCAUAAACCCGAGCAGUCAGUAUUUUUAUUCUGUCCAAUGAGUGUUGCCUACUGUGCUCAAGAUUGUUUACUGGUAGACUCUAGUUGGCCAUUUCAGUGUACUAGACAGUUCAGAAUAGUAUCUAAUUCAGAUUUAAUUUGGUCUAGAUCUACAGAAUUUUCAAAUGAUGCACAAGAGUGGCGUUUACAAGAAGUAAUCUAUAAGGUGGAUAUUGCUACUAUCACUUCUACUGGUUCGUGGAGUUGUUCAUAUGGUGGAUAUCAUUCUAACAGUUUGGAACUUCUUGUACGAGAUCGACCGGCUAUUUUAUCACUAACCUCAAGUCCACCUAGUCCUGUUUUGACUGGAGAUAAUGUCAAGUUAACAUGUGAAGCUGCUCCUAGUCCUAAUGCUCCAUGGUAUUCAUUUGUAUGGCGUCGUCUUGGAAGUCAAAUGCCUCCAGCACACUCUACUCUACGUUUAUCUGACACGAUCUCCGUGUUAACAUUGAUAUCUAUACAACCAGCUGACGAUGGAAUUUACAGUUGUCAUAUAUUACAGUCUAGUUCAAAUGCAGUAAACGAUGAAUGGUGGGAUAAAUCUGAAAUUGUAGAAUCAAAAAUCGGUAAUUCUACAGGCAAAAUGAAACUUACGAAGCACCCAGCAAUUAGACGUCUACAUCUGAGUGUUUUUCAUCCUCCAACGCAUUUAAAUCUAACUGUUCACCCGACUGGACCUUACAAACCUCAAACUAAGGUCAACUUUACUUGUCAAGUUCAUGGGGGUAAACCGAGACCAUUGAUUCACUUUUAUCGUACACCACUUCACUUAAACAAUGGAAAUAUCUCUUAUCUACAAUCAACAAAUUCACACAAUGUGAAGCAUAUGCUAGAGAAUAUAACCCAAUCAGUACAAUCAACAGAGUUGAUAUGGCAGUUGACAGAAGCUGAUAAUACUGCAAGUUUUGGUUGUGCUGCUACAAGUCCUGUUAUUAAAGAUCAAAUAUACUCUGAAUUCAUUAAAACAGAGAUUAUCUUUCCACCUGGUCAACCCAUACUCUCAGCAUCACCACACGGUCCAGUCAGUGAAAAUCGUACCAAAGUGUUCACUUGUCAAUCUUCUAAAGGCAGUAAUCCAAGAGCUAAAAUUUCAUGGGAACUUAUACCUGCCGUAGAAUAUAUUACUGCUGUCUCAAAAAGAAAUUAUGUCAACCAAACAGAAAAACAAACAACUAUUGAACCUAGAAGAAAUUCUGAUUUUGAAAUGGAAAUGUCUGAUACCUAUUCAAAUACCAAAGAAGAUCCUAACAACAAAGGUUAUAUAGCAUACAGUGAGAUACGUUUGAUUGCAAGACCAUGGUUUAACGGUGCCAGAGUAUUCUGUCAUUUGAUAUGGGAUGAAGAAGGGAAUUAUACCAGUAAACAUCAGCAUGACUAUCAUAAAACAGUCUAUUUAUCCAUUGAAGUGUUUUUUUGUCCAUCAGCUGUCAGUUUAAUCACAAUCCCACAGAAUGGAAUUCAAGAAACAUAUGGUGAACAAAUACUUGAAUGUACAGCAACAUCAUCUCAUCCUCCAGCAAUAAUAAGUUGGUUUCAACACAACUCAUCUGGAAGUGUUCAUAAAACUACAACAGAAAAUGUAAUUAUGGAAAGUUCGCUGAUGAAAGUUGAAGCUUUGCCUAAAUCAAACUUGUUAAUUACAACUGAAACAUUCCCGGGAAUUCAUGGUGGGAAACGUGUGGUUAGCAGAUUGAAAUUGAACAAUAUUUCCAGAAAUAAUGAUGGUAUGCUGUACACAUGUGUGGUCAAACAUAUUGAAUGGACAGAAUCAAUUAGUCGAACACAUCAGUUAAUGGUAUUAUAUCCACCGGAGUUGAAAAUGCUCACCUCACCAAAAACAUGGCAGGAGCGCUUGCAAUCUGAUCAGACAACACUUCUGUGUGAAGCAGAAGGCGGUCGACCAAGAUAUAUUGAAGAAGACUAUACUGCCGAAUAUAACCAAAUGAAAUCCCGAAACAAUGCAAGUGUCUCCGUGUUAAAUCGUAUACUCCGUCAUGAUGAAAGCAGUAUGUGGAAAUUCUAUUGGAAAUUUCGUCCUCAUUAUCCAGAUAACUGGAUGGAGUAUAAAAAUCAAGAAAUAGUGUUUGAUACUUUAAAAGUGCCACAUCGAACAUCGAACAAGUUGGUUUUUAGUCAUCCUGGAAGAAAACAAGCUGGUGAAUACACGUGUUUACUUGAAGGCCCAGCUGGAGUUUCACAAGUUACAAGAAACUUGGAUUUUGCAUUCCCACCAGAGUUGGCACCACCGGGAAUAACUUCAGUUACAGCUGCACUUGGUUCACAAACAGUAAUUGAACUACAUAUCUGGACUUAUCCAAUACCUUCUUUCAUCACUGAGAAUUCAAAAAGAACUAAAACUAAACAUUCUUCAUCCAAAAAUUGUGGUUUCGAUGCGAUUGACAUACAAACACCAAAUAAAGUCAGUAUGCUCAAAAAGACAUUCGCUUGGUACAAAGUUAAAACAAAAAGAAUAGCAUCUGAAGUUGAAAUACUUCAAAAAGAAUUAAUCCAUGACAACUGGUCACCAUCAAAGAUAUCUGAAGCGGUAAACACAGGACAACGAAUUUGGACUGAUGUAGUACUCAUUCAGUUACCAUACUACGACAGCGAUGAACAAAUCAAUAAAAAUGGUAGUCAAAAUAAAAUUAAAGAGACAUUACGUAAGAUACCAACUAUAAUUUAUCGAUUAUUUUUAAGUCCAAUCACAGAAAAGGAUUAUGGAGAGUAUAUGUGUGAGGUUGAACAUGAAACAGGAAGGAGACAAUUUUUUAUGCAAGUACAACCUCCAGGUGAUCCACCAGUGACUGUAAAAAUUAUUCGUUUCAUACGUGAACAAUCGCAUAUUCGAGUUUAUUUUGAUCCUUUGUACCUUCUAAAGUCUGAGAAAACCAGAGAUCAUGAUUCAGGCAAGAAUAAAAAGGAUAUGAAGACAGAGUUGGAGACGACUGUAAACAGAAAAAGUUCACCGCCUCAAUCUUCUCUAAAUGAUAACAGACAACAGCUGAAAUGGAAAGCUUCAUUGAGAAUAUGCGCUUCUUAUUAUUCUGAACGUAAUAAAUUGUCAGGAAAUACAGAUAAUGAGUGUGCCUAUUCAUCACAUUUGAUAGAAAAGAUUCACAGAAGACCUAAUUAUGGCCCAUGGCUGGAGUCGUCAGGUUUGCCGUCAAAUAAUAUGUACGGAAUUAAUUCACUGCCAAAUGAAUGUAUCGAAAAAUUAAUUGAAUAUCCUGAGCAGGGAAGAAUUGAAAUUCCAAUAAUCUACUCAAACAGUUAUACAGAGAAAAAUUUAUCUAAUGUGAGACAAAGAAAUGAGACUAACCAAACGUUAGAGGAGAAAAACUUAAUGCGGGAUAAAACUACGAGUAAUGAUAUUGAAGCAAUCAAAGUUUACUGGACGGAUAAGGAGAAAUUGACCUACCAGUUUAGAUUUUAUGAUGAAACUGGAGGUUUAACAUAUGCAACAGAUUGGUUUUAUGAAGACGAUAAUUUCAUCAUACAGUCGGCCAUUUCAAUGCUCGUUUAUCACAAACCCUAUAUGUGGAUUAUAAUUGCUGGUGUAUUUAUUUUCAUUCUUUCGGCUAUUCUAUUAAUCCUCAUAUUACGGAAAAGACUGAGCGUGAAAAAAGAUUUCCAAACAACUUUCAAUCAGAGUUUAACCCCAUUGAAUAAAUCCAUAAUGAAUUCACCUGCAGCAUCACCAAUAGCUAAUUGUAAGCUACAAGAGAAUUUCUAUGUAGCCAAUAUGUCAGUUGUUGACAGUCCAUGUCCACUGAUGAAUCGAAAUGAUAAAAUCAAUGGGAAACAGUUUUUAACACAAACAUCAUCGGUUUACGACAAAGAUUUGAAGAACUUUUCAAACGACAAAUAUCAAUCCACGAAUAAAUAUACAAAUCCUCAAGCUUACCAUCAAAAUAUUCAUCAUAAAGUUGACCUAAUGAAUGAUGAAAAUGAAUCGCUAAAAAAUAUGCCUAAAAAUCUUUUUGAAUUACGCUACAAUGAACUUGACCUAUCGCAUAAUCAAUGCUCCAGUGAAGGUUUAAACGAUGAAAUUAGUUAUAUCUCACCGGCAACUUAUUCACCCGUUGCAUCACAUUUCAGUCCGCUACCAUUAAUUCGAUCAAAUGAUCAUAUGGUGCCUUCGUCAUCCCUACUGUUAUAUAAUAAUAGUUGUUGUUACAAUAGAAAAUUUGGUUUUGAAAUGAAUCACUCGUUACCACCACCACUCUUCGGUCCAGUGCCGAUUCGAUAUAAUUCUCAAUCAUUGAAUUCUUCAAGCGAAUUAUCAUCUCCUCUUCUAGGAAGUGGAAGCCAAUUGAGGAAACUCUAUCCAACACCUUCUAGUUUUUGUUAUCAUCAGAAUAUUCCUACUCCUACUACUGCCGCCAAUGGUAGUAAUAGUAAUAGUCGGAAUAAAUUAAAAUGUCAAGAAGGCAAAAUCGAUACAAUUUCAAAUGUUGUCAGAAAGAAUCCAUCAAAGCUUAACAAUAUUACUAGUGAUCCAAACAACACUGUGAAUUCUAACAAUCAAACAAAAGGUACUCAAGCAACUUCAAAUAAACAUGAUUGCAGUGUCUCACAGACAGAUUCCGCUGAACAGUUCAACUCCCUUCAAAAGCCUAUAAAUAGACCUCAUUUAAUUAAAAAUAAUUUAUAUUCACCUAAACGGCAGGGAUUCAAUUCAGGGGAAAUCAAUCAGCAUAGCAUUAAUACAAACAAUACUAGCAGUCAAGAUGAUGCAGGUAUAUUUUAUACCGAUAAAGGUAGUAGUAAUAAUAAUAACUCAAACAGUAUGAAUAAUGCCACUGACCACUAUUCAGUACAGUGUGGUUUAAACACUUUAAAUUCGAAUCGCACUGUCUAUAAUACUCAUCCUUCAGAUUCUGGUCAUUUAUCAUCCCCACUGGCUGAAAAUAGACAAAAUCCUUCUGCAUUUAAAGCAAAUAAUGCAAGUGCAAUGAAUGGGAAUUCCCUAAUAAAUAAUUUUCAGAAAUUAAGACAUUCUGAAAAUUAA